AUGUCAGUUCCAGCCCCGCGUGCGGCGCGCGCUCGGGGAGCCGAGCCCGGGUGGGUGUGCGUGCGUGCGUGUGCGCCUGGCCCUCGGCGGCCACUGACCAUGACCCUGCACACCAAAGCCUCGGGCAUGGCCUUGCUGCACCAGAUCCAAGGCAACGAGUUGGAACCCCUCAACCGCCCGCAGAUCAAGAUGCCCCUGGAGAGGACCCUGGGCGAGGUGUACGUGGACAGCGCCAAACCCGCCGCCACCGCCGCCGCCGUGUUCAACUACCCCGAGGGCGCCGCGUACGAGUUCAACGCCGCCGCCGCCGCCGCCGCCGCUCCGGUGUACGCCGCUCAGCCGGGACUCACCUACGGCGGCCCGGGAUCCGAGGCGGCGGCCGCUGCCUUCGGGGCCAACGGCCUGGGCGCUUUCCCGCCGCUCAACAGCGUGUCUCCCAGCCCGCUGAUGCUACUGCAUCCGCCCGCGCAGCUCUCGCCCUUCCUGCAUCCCCACGGCCAGCAGGUGCCGUACUACCUGGAGAACGAGCCGAGCGCCUAUGCCGUGCGCGACGCCGGCGCCCCGGCUUUCUACAGGCCAAAUUCAGAUAACCGACGCCAGAGUGGCCGAGAGAGACUGACCAGUAGCGGCGACAAGAGUAGCAUGGCCUUGGAGUCUGCCAAGGAGACCCGUUACUGUGCAGUGUGCAAUGACUAUGCUUCCGGCUACCACUAUGGGGUCUGGUCGUGCGAGGGCUGCAAGGCCUUCUUCAAGAGAAGCAUUCAAGGGCAUAAUGACUACAUGUGUCCGGCGACCAACCAGUGCACGAUUGACAAGAACAGACGGAAAAGCUGCCAGGCUUGCCGGCUCCGCAAGUGCUACGAAGUGGGCAUGAUGAAGGGCGGGAUACGGAAAGACCGAAGAGGAGGGAGAAUGUUGAAACAUAAACGCCAGAGAGAUGACUUGGAAGGUAGAAAUGAAGUGGGGUCCUCUGGAGACAUGAGAUCUGCCAGCCUUUGGCCCAGCCCUCUUGUAAUUAAGCACACUAAGAAGAACAGCCCCGCCCUGUCCCUGACAGCCGAUCAGAUGGUCAGUGCCUUGCUGGAGGCUGAGCCGCCCAUAAUCUAUUCGGAAUAUGACCCUUCUAGACCCUUCAGUGAAGCUUCCAUGAUGGGCUUAUUGACUAACCUGGCAGACAGGGAGCUGGUUCACAUGAUCAACUGGGCGAAGAGGGUACCAGGCUUUGGGGAUUUGAACCUCCACGAUCAAGUCCAUCUUCUGGAAUGUGCCUGGCUAGAGAUCCUCAUGAUUGGUCUCGUCUGGCGCUCCAUGGAACACCCCGGGAAGCUCCUGUUUGCUCCUAACUUGCUCUUGGACAGGAAUCAGGGCAAAUGUGUAGAGGGCAUGGUGGAGAUCUUUGACAUGUUGCUGGCUACAUCGACUCGGUUCCGUAUGAUGAAUCUGCAGGGAGAGGAGUUUGUAUGCCUCAAAUCUAUCAUCUUGCUUAAUUCUGGAGUGUACACAUUUCUGUCCAGCACCCUGAAGUCUCUGGAAGAGAAGGAUCACAUCCAUCGGGUCCUGGACAAAAUCACAGACACCUUGAUCCACCUGAUGGCCAAAGCAGGCCUGACUCUACAACAGCAGCAUCGGCGCCUGGCUCAGCUGCUCCUCAUCCUCUCCCACAUUCGGCACAUGAGUAACAAGGGCAUGGAGCACCUGUACAGCAUGAAGUGUAAGAACGUGGUGCCCCUUUAUGACCUGCUGCUGGAGAUGCUGGAUGCCCACCGCCUGCAUGCGCCAGCCCGAAUGGGGGUUCCCCCGGAGGAGCCCAGCCAGAGCCAGCUGACGACCACCAGCUCCAGUUCACCACAUUCCUUGCAAGCCUACUACAUCCCCCAGGAAGCAGAGGGUUUCCCCAACACGAUCUGAGAGCCGCCCCACCCCCCGCCCCCUGGGCUCCCCUAAGGUUCUGAGAAUCCCUGCAGCAUUUUACCCACGUCAUGCAUCACUUUAGCGGAAUUCUGUCUCCUGCGCACAGCUCUGGCAUGCACCGCCUGCCACCAGCGGCUUUCUAAGUACAAGUGGCCGUUCAUUUGCUAGCUCAGUUCUUAGCGACACACGCCUUCUGUUGGGAACAGCCGAAAGGGAUUCCAGGGCUAAACCUUGCUAACAGCUCUCUUUCUCCCCCUUUUGCUACAUUACUGAGAAUGAGGGUUCCUAUAGCUCUUCACGACUGAACUCAGCCUAUGAGAUGACGGUAUCGAAGCUACUCGUUAAGACCCAGGCCUGGAGAGUAGACUUUUCACCUCUGAUAAGCACUUUGAAAUGGCUCCAAGAAAAAAAAAAAAAAAAAAAAAAAGCCUCAGGAAAGAAUUUUUAAGUAGCUCCUUUGGUUGACACCUUGAAGGAAGCAAGCUCAAGGGUUCCUAAUAGCAUCUUCUUGUAUUCCUAUAGCAGCGCGUCACUUCAUUCAAGUGACACUUGAUCUGUUUGUUCCGGCGUAUGGCAUUAGCCCGAGCUUUGGGGAUUCUUGAUUCAUUUCCCCUAUAGGAAUACAAGAUGCACCCAGGGAAGGAAGAUCCCCGUAAUUGUCACAACAAUGUCGCUGCACUUUCAGGCUUGCUGAAAUCUCUGCCGCACCCUUUACAGCACUACAUGGAAGUCACGGGUUCUGGCUAAUUCUUGCUUCCCGUGGACCUGUGAAAAGCAGCAAGUUGAUUUCAGCUAAGUCGCCCCAAACAGGAUCAAUCACCCCACGGGAGGGUUAAGUUCUAUUUUUUUUAUUUUUAUUAUUUUUAUUUUUUAGUUUUCACGUUAUAAAAGAAAGCCCCUCUGUCCCCAGGACUUGGAGGAAAAGCAGUGUCCACGUUUGUUCUGGUGUGUCUCACAUUCAUCAGCAGAGGGCGCUCUUCUUGUCUUUUCCCCAGUGUGAUUUACACUGAGUAAAUCCCAUAUAGAAUGAUGAAAGGCGCUUAACUUCUAAGAGCCUUCAGCCUGCUGAUAAUUUUUUGUGUUGUUGUUUUAGUUUUAGUUUUUGUUUUUGUUUUGGGAGCAUGAGGCUAAACAGUAAA